UUAAAUUUUAUCUGUAUCGGAGUGAAACCGAAUUGAGGGUUUCGGUGGAAACUAGACCACUGACUGACCAGUAAAAACCGAAGCCUAAAUAUAGCACAGUAAUAGAAUAAAAACUGAGAAAUGUUGUCAACGCCAAAAGGAAAAGGCGAUCUAUUUUUGGCUUCAUCUCUUUGCGAUGGACUUGAAGAUAAUAACAUGAGACAAGUGGCAACCCUCCUCUUAAGUAAAGAUGCAGAUCCUAAUGUCAUAAUUCCGACAUAUGGAGUUACUCCAUUUCAUUUAGUUAUUGGCAAUGAUUCUGAAGAAUUUGCAGAAGAAGUUACUAAGUUGUUUUUACGUCAUGGUGGCAAUCCUAAUGUGAGAUCAAAUGAUGGAAUGACUCCAGUUCAUGUGGCAGCUGCCUGGGGCAGACUAAAUAUAUUACAAUUACUUUUAGCGAAUGGUGGUGAUCCACUUUGUUUGGACAAUGAUGGACACAGUCCAUUUCAUUUUGCCUUUGAUGGUAAAUAUUUCAAGGCUCUAACAUUGCUUUCAGAUUAUUGUUUAACCUUUCAAAAUGAAGAUAAUAAACCGAAGUUCAAUAUAGCACUUGAUAAGGUCUUAGUAACAAAUGGAAAUGUAAUUGCUGAAUACAUUGCAUUAAAGGAAAAGAUAGUAAAUUUAGAUGAAAAUAAUACAACAGAGAAGAGUACGCUUAUUGAUUUCUAUAAUUGCAAGCCAAACUCUUCGUCAAUGAUAGAUACAAGCUGUGUGACAGAUUUAUGUAAUAAUACUAUUGAAACUAAAUCUAUAUUGUCUGACAAUCUAAAUAAAUAUUCUUUUAAACAUAGUCAAACCGUUCAACUUCAAGAUCAUUCAGAAAAAGACACAAGAGAAGUAUCAAAUUACUCAUUUAUUGGACUUGAUUUUGAUUUUGCAAAUCUACAUCUUUCCGAUGCUGUAGAAAGAGAAAAAUGUCUUGUCAGUCAAAUUAUUAAUCAACUUUCAUUCUCAGUAAAUAACUGUAAUAUUAAUGAGACUUUGAAUAUUUAUAAAAAAAACAAUCAACGAGAAAGGAGCAUUACAAGUAAUUCUAGUGCAUCAUGCCAAUUAAAAGAGAAUGAAGAUAUACCUCAUAAACAUAAAUACGACAAAACUUUAAAGAGUACUUUACACAAACCAAAGAAGAAAUGUGUCAAAGAUAUCUCGAAAUCUGCCACUCCUACAAAAACACGAUCCUCUAAACAAAGCACUUCCAAAAAAAAACACAAAAAAGUUGUGACUAAGACGCCUUUAACACCUAUUCAUAUUUUUGACAAUUCCAUUAUUAGUAUGUCACCAAAUUUUAAAACACCUAAUCAAGGAAUGAAAAAAAAUAUUGUAAAUACAUCGCCACUUAUCAAUGAUGAUAUUAUCAGUAUGUCACCUAGUUUCACAACAUCUGAACAUACAAAUAAAAGACUGAAUUUAAAAAAAAGAUUAAGCAUUGACUCUUCUUUUCAAGAAAUGCUUGAAAACACUAAGAAAUAUAAAAAUCAAACGCAACAGUCUGAAUAUAAUUGGCAUAGGAAACGCAUUGCUCAAUCCACACCAAGAAGAAAAAGACGAUCAAUAUACAAGUAUUCUAGAAGGCAAAUAUUUUAUCCUUACCCAUAUGAAAGUGAUGUUACUACUGAUGAAUUUAGUGGCAAUACUAAAUUCAAGUCGGUUGAUCUAAAUAAAACAAUAUUCUCAGAAGUAGAUAUGCUACAUACAAGUAAUGAAUGUUUGUCAAUAAAUUGUAACAAACUUUCAAAAUCGGGACAGGAAAAUUACGAUAAUUUUACAAUAAAUUUCGAUAAUGAAAAAUAUGAUCAGGAUAUAGACAAUGACCCGAAUCUUGUAAAUCUAAAUAACAGUUUUAAUCAAAUAGAAAAAAAGAAAUCUGUUAACUACUUUAGUGGUAAUAAAUAUAUGAAAUUCAAAAACACUCAAAUAAAUGAUAAAUUUGUAACAAUUAGAAAAAACAUAUUUAAACCAGAUAAGGAACCAAAAGCAAUAGAUAUUUCACUUAAGAAAUCUGCAAAUAUGAUAAAAUCUAUUGAUUUAUCACAUAAAGAAGAAUUCGUAGACUGUGUUGACUGUGAUACUAAGAAAUUAUUAAAUGAAGAUUUAAAUGUAAACAUAAGUAAGAUUUGCAAUGUACAUGCAAAAAAUUGGUGUAGUAAUAAACUUCAUGAAGCUUCGUUGCAUAAAUUAGAUACACAAGCUUGUUCGUUGUCGCAGUCUCAGUUACUUCUUUCAAAACUGAACAAGCACACCAUUGAUUUCAGUAAGACAGAAGAUACAUUUAAAGUAAAAGACUCAAACGUAUAUCAAUCGGAAAAGAACUCGUCUCUACUUUCAUUUGUUAGUACUCAAGAAGAAUAUAAAUAUGAAGAUCUAGAAGAAGAUGUGGUUCUAUUAGAACGGCGACUUUGUGUCACACCAUAUAGUGGAAGUGAAUGUGACAUCAAAAGUAAAAUGACUGUAUCAGAUGCUUCGAGUAUAUCUGCUUCUCAAAAUUUACCAUUAUACAUCGACGAUGUGACUCUUAGAACAGAGCUUAGACAGUUUGGCGAUCUUCCUGGUCCGAUUACUAGUACAACUAGACAGAUUUAUUUAAAGCGUCUUAUGCGCUUAAAAGCUGUCAGAGAUACCAAUACUUCGUUGAUGCCACACCUACAAAACAAUCAAAAAAAUCAUAUAGAACUAAGUAAACGAAUCAAAUCUCAUCUAGAAUUUGGGAAUUGGUUAAAUCAUUUGGAUACUUAUAGAAGUCUAGAAAAGCAUGUAUUCCAAGAAUUUGCAUCACCGGAUCCGUCGCGGAGAUGGCGCGAAGGCACAUCGAAGAUGUCUUUUACGUAUCUGCUGUUAGAUCCGCGCAUAACGCAAGAUCUACCGAAUCGUAACGCUCGUCUGAUUGAAUCUGAAGUGUGGUCUAUUUUUCUUAAUUCUAUAUUUUACAUCGGAAAAGGCAAACGCUCUAGACCCUUUGAUCAUCUCUACGACGCUUACAAAAUAUGGUCGGGCAAAUCAACCAUUAGAAAUAAAAAAGUCGAUAACAUUCUCGAUAUAUGGAGCAGCAAUCACGGUGUAAUUUGUUUACAUGUUUUUCAAAAUAUUAUCCCAGUAGAAGCUUAUACGAGAGAAGCCGCCAUGAUAGAUGCAAUAGGAAGAGAACACUUAGGAAACUGUAAAAAUGGUGAAUACUAUGGCGUCGCGGCAACAUGGAGCAUGCAACAAAAACAAAAAUUCGGUAGAUAUUUAUUGUACAAAGCUUUACAAAUUUUUUUGCAAGAAGGUGAAAGCCAACUUUUUCCUUACAAUCUUUAUGUAUAAUAGAACGCAAAUAUAAUAAUUUGCUUAUGCUAUUGCGCUAAAUUUUACAUAUAUAUAUGAAUGUAGAUAUAAAAAUAAUAUAAAAAAUUUGUACAUAUAUGCUAACUAUGAAUAGUAAAUUGUGAAACUCAUCAUAGCUUUUUUACUAGAUAAAAUUUCAAAUUAUAGAAUAAUUGUGUACUUUUUGAUGAAGAGUUGAAAUAUUUACAUACAUAUAAGAGAAAAUGAAUAUAAAGUAUUUUUGAACAUAAUAUUAGGAUAUUAUCUUCUGUAUUGAAUAGUAAAACAUUCAUUAAUAUUGUAAACAUGUAUAAAAUAUGACUGAUUAAGAUAAGUAUUCACUUUUAUAAAAGAAGAAAGAAAGAAGAAAUCAAUAUUUACCUCUAGUUAUUUAUUUUAUACAGUUUGUGUGAUAUUUAUACCAAAUUAAAUAUUCGUGACAUGCUUUAUGCCUCCAAGUGUAACAUUUUUAUAUUUAUUAAACCUUGUGUCAAUAAUCGGAUUUCUUGAAGUUCAAUAACUGGAAUACCCGUGUGUGCGCGCGCGCAAGUCGCAGAUCUUGUGGAACUGACCAAUUGCAGAGUCAAAUCAGCCAAGCGGCCAACGUGAUUGAUCAGUUCUACGAGACCUGCGAUUUGCCUUUAAUGUGGAACGCAGCUUUUGACACUUUUGUAGAUAUAGCGCUAAAACCAGCGGCUGAAACCGUCGUAAAAAACUGGUAAAAAACU